AGCGUUGGUAGAUAAACCACGGCUUUCGUAAGUUCAGUGCAUUAUCAUUGGCUGAUACUUUUUGCUUGAUUGCGCUUGGUUUGUGAUGUUGAUUGUUCUUAUAUCUUCAUCACAUGCUUGCGUUCUCUCUUGUCGUAUAACCUUGUCACAGCGGUAGUUGUCGUGUCAACUUUUGUCGAAUCACUUUUAUUGAUUUGUACUUUUUUAUUAUAAAAUACAAAUAUACACAUUAUUAUGGGUAAAAAUCGUAAUCAGCUUAGCUGGACAGAGGCUCGGGACUUAUUGAGGACAUGGAGAGAAAACUCCGAACGGAAAAGCCGAGAAAUAGUCGAAUUAUGGGAAAUGGUUUUGAUGGACAAAAUGGAACAACUUGGCAACGAAAAAUACCUGGUACUAGAACAAGUUUGUGUUGCUGCAUUGGAUAGCUACAGGUUACCUUUAGCAGAAUACUGCAUUAAACUUUUAAUGAGAGAAUUUCCUGGUAGCUUGAGAGUACAUAAAUACCAUGCAAUGCAUUUGGAAGCAUUAGAAAUGUAUGAAGAGGCUUUAGAUGUACUAGAUUCAAUUGUAAGGCGAGAUGAGACUAAUGCUGCACCAAGAAAACGUAAAGUAGCAAUUUUGAAAGCUCGAGGCAGAGCUGCAGAUGCUAUAAAAGAACUUACUGAAUAUCUUAAAGUGUUCAUGAGUGAUCAAGAAGCAUGGCACGAGCUUUGUGAUUUGUAUUUGAAAGAACAAGAAUACAGUAAAGCUGCAUUUUGUAUGGAAGAACUUAUUCUCCACAAUCCACAUAAUCAUCUGAUUCAUCAGAGAUAUGCAGAAAUAAAAUAUUCUCAAGGAGGCUUAGAAAACAUUGAAAUUGCAAAGACAUAUUUCAGCCAAGCUGUUAAAUUGAAUCCAAAUAAUAUCAGAGCUUUGUAUGGUUUACUAUUGACGGCGAAUCAAAUUGCAACGUCAUCUAAAAGUCCACCAUCCAAGAAAAAAGAAGCAAUAAAAUUAAGUGAAUAUGCAGCAAGUCAAAUUGACAAACAAUACAAAUCCAAAGUAACUGAUGAGAGUAGCAUUAAAAAUUUAGAAGGAUUACUAAGUCAAUUACAACUUGAAGCCUAAGGUACGCGUAUUAGUCUAAUUACCUACAAUUUUACAAAGUUCAUCUAGCUAGUAAUUUGUAUAUUUGUUUAAAUAAUGUAUAAUAUAUGAUUGAAUAUCGUGUGUAAGUGCAACAUUUAUAGUGCACGAUAAUCCUUAAAAUGAAUUUGAUGAGGAAUGCUGAAAAAUCUAAUGUUAAUAUUAUUACAACAAAAAUAAUUUAAUCAAUUGUUUUUUCUAAACAAUUUUAUGAUUCAUCUUAUCACAUUCCUCAAAUUUUUUACUCUAAAAUUUCAUAAGCUGCCGAUUUUUGCAAUAUCUUAUUUAUA